AUGUUACUUCUUUGCAUCUGCAGUUACAUGAGUUUUGCACGGCUGUCGUCAGCAACGAGAUGUUUCAAUCAGAGGGGGGUGGAUCGGCGGGCUGCAAGGCUCAUAAUGAGCAUCCACUGCUUUAGGACGGCUGUGUCUGACAGCUUCCACCUGCAACGGCACUGCCUCAAACUCCACACUGGGUCUCUGCCAUCGGUGCAACACAACAACCGCUCUCUCUCCCCCUGGCGGUACAGAAUCGACGAGAGAGAGAACAGGAUUCCCUCUAAAAUCAUGGUGGCUGAGUGUCUGUAUACGGGCUGCAUCAUCAACAAGCACGAGGACAUGACAUAUAACUCUGUCCCCGUGUUGGCCACUUUCACCGUGCUCCAGAAGACUGUAUGCCCUGACAACCCUCGACACUACCUGGUGACAGUAAACGUUGUUACCAUCCCUGUGGCAUGCACAUGUGUUGUACCCAGACAGAUGAUUUAAUCUCUUGGAUUAGGUUAGUGUUACGUACGUGUUCAAAAUGGCACCCUAUCCCCUAUGUAG